UUGGGUUAUAAAAUGUAUCAUCUGUAUGAACCAAAUGGUUUUCAUCCUCCUGUGGUUCUAGUAAUGGGAGCUCAGUGGUCUAAACAAAUCCAACGACGAAAAGCCGUCAUUGCCGAGAAGAAACAAUUACGGCAGCUCCAAGAACGAUGCGGGUGCGAGUACCCCGGAAGCGACUGGCAUCCGGCUGAUCGGAAAAAUUGGAUGUCGGGCCUUGAUCCGGAGAAAGUUCAGGUCAACAAGAUCGUGUGGCCGGGGACUCACAAUUCGGCCACCGACAAGAUCGGGAUCAAGAUCAUUACCCGCCCUUUCGCUCAAUGCCAAUAUAUAUCAGUUUACCAACAGCUCGUACUCGGGGCUCGUGUCCUUGAUAUUCGGGUUGAGGAGAACGGGAAUGUUUGUCAUGGGAUCUUGACCACGUACGGUGUUGAUGUUGUUAUAGAAGACGUCAAGAAGUUUAUAGCGGAAACGAAGUCGGAAAUCGUUAUUCUCGAGAUCCGGACCGAGUUCGGCCGCAAGGAUCCACCAGCGUUCGAGAAAUACUUGCAGGAACGGCUUGGAGAGUUGUUGAUCCAUCAAGAUGAUGAUGUCUUUGAGAAAACAAUAGCAGAAAUCUUACCAAGAAGGAUCAUAUGCGUUUGGAAGGCCCACGGAUCAUCGGAGGCAAAAGCGGGUAGCCCGCUUUGGAAUUCAGGUCACUUGAAAGAUAACUGGAUCAAUACCGACUUACCAGCUACAAAAUUCGAGAGUAACCUAAAGUAUCUGAGUAAGCAACCACCUGUUACUUCCCGGAAAUAUUUUUACAGGGUGGAGAAUACCGUCACACCACAAGCAGAUAACCCCGUGGUGUGCGUGAAGGCAGUUUCGGACCGGAUUCACGGCUACGGAAGAUUGUUUAUCGCACAAUGCUUUUCACAGAAUUGUGACAAUAAAUUGCAGAUAUUUUCGAUAGAUUUCAUAGAUGAAGAUUUUGUGGAUGCUUGUGUUGGGCUUACCAAGGCAAGAAUAGAAGGGAGGGCUUGAAAACCCGAGUCUUUUUGGUUCAAUGACCUUCGGACAGGUUACAGGUUCUUUUUAAAUCUAUGAUCUUACAGGUUUCGAGAAUGCCAUUGCUUAGAUACCUAUCAGAAGAUCACGGAUUUAAAAACACUUAUCAUGAGGUUAUUUAGGUAAAUAACCAUUGAAAACUAGGUCCUUUGGUUAAGUGACCUUCUGACAGGGCCUUUUUUUCAAAGUCAUGACCUUCGGGGACAUGUUCUUUCAAACCCAUGACCUUCUGACAAGUUUUUUUUUUCAAAAUCAUGUUUAGAUAUAUAACCUUAAACGAGAUUUUAAUUAAAUCCAUGACCUAUCUAACGAGUGUGAAACCGUGUUCCUUUUAAUAAAUAUGAAGCUCAUGAAUUUAAUUAAAUUUUCAUUUAAGGUUAUAUACCUAAAUGACCCAUUUUGAGAAUGC